UGAUUAGUACAUAUAAAACCACAAACUCAACAAAUUCAUAUUGCCACUCACUAACCAAUCCCUUUUGCCUAAAACCUCUCAAACACCCCAAAAUCUCUCUCUCCCUCUCUCUCACACACACUCACUACAAAUCCACAGCACAACAAUGCUAGAUCCAGCUACUGAUUUGGUUCCACCACCAUCAUCACCCUCCAUCUCUUCCAUUUCCUCCUCUGAUCUUGACACUGAGUCUACUGGAUCAUUCUUCCAUGACAGAAGUACAACAUUAGGGACACUAAUGGGAGUGAGUUUUCCGGCCAUUGCAUUCAGAGUUCCAUCACAGCACCGGGACUCACUUUCCGGCACCGGAGCCAUCGCCGGCGGAUCCAAAAAUACAUCUAACAAGAAGAAGAAAAGGACCUCCGCCGCCGUGGUGGCGGCGGAACGGCGGAGAAGGUGGUGGCAGCUUUGUAGGGAUGGCGAUACGAGGCCAGCGUCUCUCGGAGAUUUUCUGGAGGUGGAACGGCGGUUUGGCGACGGCGCGUUUUACGAUACGGCGGCGGAGCUCGAGGGUAUGGUGGUCGGUAAUCAUCAGAGGAACGGUGAGAGGGUGCUGUUUGCUGAUGGGAGGGUACUUCCGCCGGCGGAAGAUGUUGGCGGCGGAGAUUCGCCGGCGGAGAAUCUUUGUAAUAGGUUUCCGGUAUCACUCGCCGGAAUUUGCAGCGGCGGUGCCGGGUAGGGGUAUUAUUGAAAUAUUAUAUUUUUUCCAUGAAACGAAAAGAAAAUUAAAAAUUUUGUUGCUUUAUUUAUUUUUUAUUUUAAUUUUUUUUGUUAAUUUUUGGUGUUUGUUUGGUUGUUACUUAAUUGGUAGAUUAAGAUUCUUUUUGUCUUGUGAUUUAAGUGCAAAAAGCACGGUUUGGCUUUUACCUUUUUUGUUUUUUCUUUUUUCUUCUUUUGAUGGAACAGUGUAUAUGGUGGUGGUCCACAUUAUGAUUAUGAUCAUGAAAGGUAAAAAUAUCAAAAUGAUUAAUGAAAUGAGGAUGAGUAUCA